AAAAUAAAAGUAAUAACCAGGCCUUAACCAAAUAUAACCAACUCUGGGCACUGUCCUCAAACCACUUAGAGGCGCAAAAAAAUAUUAGUCACUGCAAUGCAGAAGUGAAAUGAACAAGUUGCACAAUUCUGAGGCAAAGUACUCGCAUUUCCGGAUCCCCUCUAGCCUUUGCUUCACGUCUUUAUGGUACCGGGUCCUCCACUGUUCAUUGUCUUCCGGUCCUGGUGCCAGGGCUACAGCCGCCCGCUGGGUCCAAAACGGCUGUUUGUGUGUUUCCCGACAGCCCCCGCGCUGGAGACUUGUACACAAUCAUCAUGGCGUCCCAGGACGAAGUGGAAGAGUUGGGGAUGGAGGCAGACGAGCAGAAGACUCAGCUGGCCAGCGCAGAAGGUGGGGACAGCAGCUCUCAGGCUUCAGAAAGUGUUUCAGCACCGGCAGAUGCAGACAGUUCUGUGAGCAAUGGAGGGGACUCUGAGACAGACAAAGAGCUUGUAGAAGUUAAAAUUAUUUGGAACAAGAACAAGUACGACUUGAAACUCCCGCUGGACAGUACCGGAGCAAGCCUUAAGCAGAAGAUUCAUUCUCUCACAGGUCUUCCACCAGCCAUGCAGAAAGUCAUGUUUAAGGGGCUAGUCCCUGAGGACAAAACACUAAGGGAAAUUAAAAUCUCCAACGGUGCAAAGGUCAUGGUUGUAGGAUCCACAAUCAAUGACGUGUUGGCCGUGACAACCCCCAAAGAGACUAUUCAGCAAGAGGUGAAAGAAGAGGAAAGCAAGAAGGAGCCUUUGUGCAGACAGAAGCAACACCGAAAGGUGCUGGACAAGGGCAAACCUGAUGACGUGAUGCCAUCGCUGAAAGGUGUCCAGGAGCGUCUUCCAACCACACCGAUAUCCGGCAUGUACAAUAAGUCUGGGGGGAAAGUUAGGCUGACGUUCAAACUGGAGCAAGAUCAGUUGUGGAUUGGUACGAAAGAGAGGACAGAAAAAAUCCCCAUGGGUUCUAUUAAGAAUGUGAUUACAGAGCCGAUUGAAGACCACGAUGACUAUCACAUGAUGGCAUUUCAGCUGGGUCCUACUGAAGCAUCUUACUACUGGGUAUACUGGGUCCCCGCACAAUAUGUGGAUGCCAUCAAGGACACGGUAUUAGGCAAAUGGCAGUAUUUUUGAAGAUACGUUCACCUCUGGCACGAGACACAAACCGCUGGAAGGAGCCACAAACCACCACCAUCUUUCCCAAUUCC